AAUCAGAUUGGGGUUUAUGAAUCAGGUGCUAAGUGACCCACUUCCUGAAGCGUUCAUUAUUUGAUUUUUGAUUUUUUUUUCCAUUAUAGUUCUCCAAGGGCUCAGAAGAGGAUUGCAUGCAUAUCCUUGAAUCCUUUUGCCUACGAAAUGUCGAGACAUUUUCCCCAAUCAGGUUGGGUAAUUCUGGGAAUUGACACACGCACAUCUUAAAAUCGCCAAGGAUGAGAAGAAAAGCCGAUUUACAUCAUAUAGUUUGGGGGGAAGGGGGUGUAUCGUGUUGCAAAAGAGAUAGUUGCACCAAAACCACCUUGUUUUGUUUGCUUGGACUUUGAGCCAACAAGACUUGCCCCCCUUUAUAUUCGUGUUUUUAUACAGGGAGCCUUUGGGUUGCUCAUCCCACCGGCUUGCCUUACCUAGCUGGCGCUCAGUUCCAAGAGAAAGGAGACAAUCCUGAUGCCGCCGCCUCAAGUUACAGGGAAAGAAGGUGGCCCUAUGCAAAUGAAGGAGGCCGUAGGAAAAACAAAAGCACCUGACAGACCUGGGAAGUUAAAUGGAAAGCUUGAGAGGAUGAAAUUCCCGCCCAGGAUAGAAACCUACCUGCCCUGGCUACUCUUUUCACUGCUCCGGGACACCUGAGCGAUGUAACCCAGAAAAAGAGAAGCUGCCGCUUUGCUCGGGAAGCGGGGCUCUUAGGUCGGCUUGAUACGCGGGUGGUCACCCUCACCUCACCUGAAAGUUACUGGGCUGGGCUCUUUUGGUUUGGUGGUUUCAGAAAAGCAAGCAAGCAAGCGUCAUCUCCAACUGCAACAUUUUGUGCUUCAAAUCGCACCCCUUUUUCCAAAGAGGAAGCCGAAGGGGUUCCCUUCCGGCUCCUCCAGCCAUGCCGCCUCAGGAGCUCUUGGAUUACUCGCCCACCUUGCGAAGGAGCAGCACCCCCAGCCGAGGGAGCGGCUCGGAGCUGGGCAUUAAGUGUGUCCUCAUCGGGGAUGGAGCUGUGGGCAAAACCAGCCUGAUUGUCAGCUACACCACCAAUGGAUACCCAGACCAGUACCAGCCGACUGCCCUAGACACCUUCUCAGUUCAAGUCUUGGUUGAUGGUGCACCUGUUCGUAUCCAGUUGUGGGACACUGCAGGACAGGAAGAUUUUGAUUGCCUUCGCUCUCUCUGUUACUCUGACACUGAUGUCUUCCUGGUCUGCUUCAGUGUUGUAAAUCCCACCUCUUUCCAAAACAUUACAGAAAAAUGGAUUCCAGAAAUAAGAACUCACAAUCCCCAAACACCAGUGGUGCUAGUAGGGACACAAGCUGACCUGAGAGAUGAUGUCAAAGUAUUAAUCAGCCUGAAUCGUUACCAUGUAAAACCUGUGCCAAGAACACAAGCAGAAGGCCUGGCUGAAAAAAUCCGGGCUCAGACUUACGUUGAGUGCUCUGCUUUGACUCAAAAGAACCUGAAGGAGGUUUUUGACACAGCCAUUGUUAGUGCAGUUGAAUACAAAGCCCAACAGGAAAAGAAAAUGACAGCUAAAGGAAUCAAAACUCUCUCUAAAUGCCGAUGGAAGAAAUUCUUCUGCUUUGUCUGAAACUGACUCCAGUAAGAAACAUUUAUAAGCCAAAGUAGCUUGGAGCUCAAGCUCUUGUUGGAUUAUGGCAAAACUUGCCUGGGAGUCAAGAAGGAGAAGUGUAGUGUCAAAUGGUCCAUGCUACCUUCAAACAUUUGGGACGGAAUGGUCUGAUGCUGAUGUACUGAGUCCAGCAGCCAAGUUAAUUUAUGUAUACAUAUAUUUCAGGCAAGAUGACCAGUUUUUACAGCUUUUGAAGGCUUGACAGCAUAUUAAUUGAACAAAUUAAUUAAAUCUGGGAGUAGCAGUCCCAACCUGCCUACAGGGCAUGAGAGCAGAGAAGGUUGAAUGAAACUUGAUUUAACGCUUCAGUUAUAAAUUUGAGAGUUAUAUCUCAUUUUCAAGUCAUAAUAAUGAAUAGAGGAUUGAUGCAGAGAAUUAAUGUCGAACCAAAAUUUCCACUUCAACUUAAAAGUAAAAGAAAGUAAAAUAAGCUUUCAAGAUAGAACUGAGAAUUAAUCCAUGUUUGAGGUGAAGAGUGGCCAUGUCACAUCCUUAAAACAACACAAUAUUUCCCAAUGAAAUUAUGUGGGAAAAUCCCAAUGAAAUUAUGUGGGAAAAUGUGAUAUAGUGCUAUUCUAAGAAUAUUUGGAUUUCCAUGUGAAAAGCAAACCACAAACUGAAAUAUUGCAGAAGAUAUGUGGCUAUAUAUGUGUGUAUGUUUGAGUGUGAAAUAAUUUUCAACAAGAAUGUAGUCUGGGCAUCCACUGAAAAGAUUGAAGCAUGAUUUGCUUUCAUGUAAACUUUCUGUGUGAACAAAUUUUCUGAUUCAUUUUUAAAGUCAUCCUUAGAAAGUAUGAUUUUAGCAUAAUCAAAAUUUAACCUGUUCAAACUAAAUUCAAGAUUAAAAGUCCAGCAGCUCUUUUCCCUCCCUAAAUUAUGCCCUGUUCCGCAUAUUUAGACUUUCCACGCUAGGCAAACUGAUACUGUAUUGUCUAUUUUAAUAAGAUGCCACCCAGUACUGUGCCAAUAAUGCUAUUUAGGUGGAAGGAAAUUAGCAAUUCUUGUUAUACAUUUAUGUCAGAGAUUGGGCCCUAAAUCAUAUUCCUUUGUAUUUCACUGCUAAUACUGAAGGCUUAAUGUUCCCUCCCUGAAACCUGUAGGUGAAUAAUCAGGUUUACCAAGUUAGCAAUUAAUAUUUAUGUUGUGUAACUAUUGCAGCUAGAUGAGGUUUACAUCUGAGAUGGAAAGAUAACCACACACAAAAAGACUGAAUUAAAAGCAUAAUCUCAAAGGGAACAUAUGACACAGUAUUUUCCAAAAUUAUAAAGCAGCUUCCCUAACCUGACUGCUGUAGGUACAUUGGAAUAAAAUGCCUAUAACUCUAUAGCCCAACUAUAAUGAAUGUGUAUAAUGGGAGAAUAGUCCAGCACAUCUGAAGAGCAUUAAUUGAGAAAAACAAUGCCCGGACAUUGAUAAUGUUGACUCCAAAGUGCUAGAGAAUUGACCAAUUUGUGCUCCAUUUUUGGCAUAUGUGCAUCACAGUCACUGAAGAGGAGAGGAGUGUCCACUUCAAUGGUCCAAAAAGGAAAGAUUGCCACCUUUGAUGGCAUUCAGGUGUGGAAAUGUUUGCCGUUUAAAAUGAUUCAAGACAAAUUCUGCUUGAAAGGUUUGAGGAAAAUAGAGAAAAAAUAUGAGAGGAAAGCAGAAAAUGAAAAAGAGAAGAAGCAUGUGAUAGAAGAGGGAGAAGUAAGUGAUAGCAAGAAGAGACAGAAAGAGAUUGAGAGAGGGGGGGAGAAGGAGAGAGAAGAUAGAAGGCAGGCAAAGAGAAAGCUAUAUAGGUAACAUUGACAAGGUUAGUACAUCAUGGAUAUUGGAGUUGAAACAGG